AUGUCGAAGAGGAGAAAAGCUGCUGAAAAAAAGAAGGGACAGAGCCCCACCACCAAUAACAACCAACACCAGCUCUUCAACAACAACAACGAUAACAGCAACCCUUUAGGCAAUAAUGAUCCCAAAAGCCAAGAUGAGAGGGAGAGCGAUGGUGGUGAGGUUAAUUCCCCUGCAUCUCAGGAGCAUCAUGACCAGCCACAUCCAUUUAAAGAGAAUAUAGAAGAAUUGGAGAAGAGGGAUCCGUCAUCUGUUCGAUCAUUUGACUCUGAGAACAAGUCCAUGGAGGAAGUUACUGGAGAUGUUGAACAUGCCGAGAAAGUCGAAAUCCAAGAUGAUGAUGCUAUUAAAAUGGAAAGGGAAUUGAGAUCUGAGGAGGACUCGGAGAGCCAAAUUAUUGACAUUAAGCCAAAGGAGUCAAAUGAUGGGAGCUCUAGCAGCAGUAGUAGUUCAGAUGAUGAGUCUCAAGUGGUUGAGAAGAAAACCGAGGAGGCUGCCUACGGUUCAGUUUCAGAAGCAAUGUCACGUAAUGGAGAGAAUAAGCCAGUUGAGUCUGCCUAUGGUUCAAUUUCAGAAGCAAUUUCACGUAAUGGAGAGAAUAAGCCAGUUGAGUCUCUUCCGGAAGAAGUGAUCCAGGUUACUGAAGAGGCAUCGUUUGAGGAGGCUGGUAAGUCAGUUGUGGAUGCAGUUAGUUCUGUUGAUUCCGUUAAGCCUCUGGUAUCUGUGACUGAGGAGGUGAUUCCUGUUGCACAGAGUGAUCCUGUUGAGAAUUCUUUGGCUUCUGAUGUGGUAGAAACUAGGUUGAAGGAAAUUGAAGAAUCAAAGAGAAGUGAGGACAAAGUUUUUCCCAUAUCAGAGGAUAAUGUUAAGGCACCUUCAACUAUGGUGGGAUCUAUAGCAAAUGUAAACGAGGUUAAGGUUUUACCCACAUCGGAUGCUCCAAUUGCUGAAACUAGUAAUGCUGCAGAAAAUAUAAGAGAUUCCAAAAUUCCUGACUCUUCUGAAAACCAGCCUCUCCUUGUUUCUGCUCCACGAGCGGCUGAAAGAACCUCCUGGAUGGGUUGCUGUGGAUUGCUUGAUGUGCUAACGGGCUCUAGUAGAUAAGUCGAGGGACAGAGCAUGAUGGGUUUUCAAUGGACCAGAAGCAUGUGAAAGAUGGGAAGGAUUUGGUUUAUAGAGUUUGUGAUAUUUCAAAUGAGAAUCUUUUCAAGGUUUUUCUGAAGAAUAAUAGGGAAAGAGACCUAAGUGGACAACAAUUAUAUGAUUACCAUAGUGAUAGUAUGAACAUGGGUAGACAAUCACUCAAUGUCCCUAGCUUUUGCUACAGUUAUUUUUAAAUUUAAUUUUGCAGUGCAGCGUUUU